CCAUCAUCGCCAUCGCCGCCGCCCCGCCCGCCGACCUCUCACCCGGGGCGGAGCCGGGCUGGGAGAGGCGACGGCGCGGAGCUCGGAGGUCCGGCCGGUUCGGGCUGAGACUCUGCCCACUUGCCGCUGAAACCUCCGAAAAGAUUUAGUUAGAAACCGGAUUAAGUAUUAAGGCCGGAGACCAUCUGCGAGCUGGGCCGGUAAAUCCCUGCAGCAGCACGGUGGGUGCUCGGAGCACGGUCCAAGGCUCAUCUGUUUUAAAUUCAUGUGAUAUAAUACUUCACUCUUUAUAAUAGUUUUUGAUGCCAGAAGAACACAGUCAAACUACAAUGGCAGUUGACGAACUUCAAGCCAUAAUACAAAGAUGCCAAAUUCUGGAAGAAGCUGAUUUCAAAGGAGAAGAUUUUAAUCUGUUCCUGGUGGCAGGUCAGAAAUGUUUAGAAGAUGGCUAUGCAGCUCAGCUAUUAGAAGUCAUUCAAAAUGAGAAAAAUAAGGUUAUCAUCAAGAAUAUGGGUUGGAAUCUCAUCUCUCCUCUUGUUAGAUGUAUUUUCACGUAUAAAGAAGAAGAUGAUAAGCGAGAACACUGCCUGAGGAUACUAGAUCAGUUGGCACAGCUGUGCAAUCCAAAGGAACUGUUUUUGGGUUUACUUGAGCAAAUCGAGCAGACCUCUGGAGAUCAAGUGUGUCAAACUGUCAUGUUAUUGCUUCAGCCUUUGCAGACAGUGCUUUUGAAACUUCAGAACAAGAAGGCCUACUCAGUGGGUUUGUCGUUGGCCAUGAUCAUGAAUCAGCUUACUCCCUUACCUGUACCUUACACAAAACAACAAAUACAAGAAGAUAAACUUGGUCUUUGUCUAUGUUGUAAUGCAGUGGUGGACUUUGCUAAACCCUUUGUGAAUGAAGUUGUUAAAAAUAUGGAAAAGUCAUCAGAAUACAAUGACAUGGAGCUGAAAGAAGAAUUAUUAAAAUUCUGUAUGAAAAGCCUGAAAUACCCAUUAUUGACAGCUCAGCUUGAACAACUUGAAGGCAUUGAAGAACAUCCUUUUCGGCAUUUUGCAACUGAAAUUAUAAACAUUUUGUGGAAUAUAAGAGAAUUGAUACCAUUAGUGUUUUUACAUCAUAAAGGCAAAAGUCCACCCUGGGAGAAUCAGGAGUUUGCAGACAUAGAGCGAAAGAAUUCUGCAGAUUCUGUGGCAUGUCUGUCAUAUCUGAUGUUUGUUCAGCAUUUUGGUAUCGAAUGCUUUCCAGUGGUUUUUAGCCCAUCAUACCUUCUGCUAUGUAAUAUGACACACAUUGAAGUGCUACUGAAAAGAACAGAAGAAUCUAUGUUAUCUAAAGGACUUGAUCUGUUUGAGAGCAGUUUAUUGAGAAUGGAAGAUAACAGCCUUCUGCAUGACUAUUUAGAAUUCAGAGAUUUUAUUAAUGUACCUCAGGAUUUGGUGAAAAUUAUGACCCUUUGUCCCAUGGAGCAUCUGAGAAAGAAGAGUUUAAGUAUUUUGCAGUUGUUCAUAGACAAGUUUGACAGUGAGGGAAAAUAUACAUUAUUCAGGUGUUUACUGAAGACAAGCAACCAUGCUGGUGUGGAAGGAUACAUUAUUAAAAAUAUAAAAGAUCAGAUUCACUUAUCGUUAACGAAGGAAUAUGAUAACGUGUGGUUUACAGGACAUCACCUGAUCUCCCUUCUAGAUUUAGUACUUUCACUUCCAGAAGGUGCUGAGACAGAUCUUCUGCAAAACUCAGACAGGAUUAUGGCAUCGCUAAAUCUGCUGAGAUACUUAGUCAUUAAGGAUUGUGAAAGUGAUAAUCAAACUGGUGUAUGGACCACACUCACCAGGAUCGAGCAGAAUUUUUUAAAACCACUGCGUGUAGGACUCAAUAUGUCAAAGGCACAUUAUGAAGCAGAAAUAAAAAAUAAGAAAGAAAACAGAAAAGAGGCCCACAGUUCUAACACAGUUUGUUCUGUAACUGUUAGUGGGGAAAAGAUGCCUGCCAUGACUACUGGAAUGCAGCUUCAGGUUUUACACUCGGCGCUCUUCACAUUUGAUUUAAUAGAAAGUGUUCUAGCUCGAGUAGAAGAACUCAUUGAAGUGAAAAUAAAAGCUGUAAUGGAUGAAAAUAGUUAGGUCAGCUGAAGUAUAUGAAUGAACAUACUCCAUACAAGUUCAUUUAGGCUGGGAGACUUUAGCUGCAAAGGAGGCUACCAGCCUUUAAAGAGGAGCAAUUUAGAGUGGCCUCCAGAAGAAUUGCAAAUGCUGCUCUUCAUAAGUCUUGUUGCAUGUGAUUCACAAAUAUGGUCUGUUUACUCCUCUUCAGAAUUUGAUGCUUUCUCUUAAGUUUAGAAACUAAACAAGGUGGGGGUAUGCUCUUCUGUUGUGGCAGGGAGGUAUGGUUGGGCAUUUUUUUUUCUUUACAUUUUCAGAAUUUGUUAGCUAGAGUUACUGACUGGUAUUGUGAAUUACAAACAUUUUUAUAAAGUGACUGAAGAACCAUUAAUUAAAAAGCACUGUUAAAGCAUAA